AACCACCAACCCUUGCUCGGCGUCUCGCGCUUCUCGCGUCAAGGGGGAGCGGAUUUUCUUCCAGUUUCAUUCAGUCCUGUCAUUGUUCUUCAAGGCCCCGAGACGGUAACGUCGGCCGGCAACUCGCUCUGGGCCGAUUUCCGCAAACCCCCCUCCGUCCGCAUUUGCUAUUCGCCGCAGGAGGUACUAAGGCAAUACCGAAUUCGUACUCGGCCCAGAAGAUCACCUCGCCAAAACUUCCGUGCUCGUGCAUACGCCCUGCCCAUCCCGUCCCUCCCGAGGCAGGUCUAGCCGAUCCCUAACGGCGUCGCCAUUGCGCCUGGGAACUAGCCAAGGGCAAGAAUGCCACCAAGUCUCGACCCAUUAUGACUAUGCUGCUCCCAUUGAAUGCCUCCGGCUUAAGAGUUAUGCACUCCCAGAUGCGAUUGUGCCUGAGAGCCGCCCACUCAUCUCGGUCCCUAUGCGGCUCGAGAAGUUCUCUUGCCGCCAAAGGCGAUAGAGGCCUGUGGCACUAUCAAGAAAGAGGCUUGCAGUCUCCCGUCUUCCCACGAAAGCGGCCGGGGAGAACCGCACUAGAUCACUCACCCCGACUCUCUGACCGGGCAAGGUGCCUUUCGCUCACCCGACGAUGCUGUGCACGAGAUCCGGAGAGCCCCGAACCACCCCGUAAAGCGUCACGUCUACGCAAGGUCCUGCCAGCGCUCCCCUCACUCCCCUCGCUCCCGACUGCGCGAGAGAACAUCUACACCAUCCCCAACAUCCUCACCUUCUCUCGGCUCGUUGCCGCGCCUUUCGUCGGCUACACCAUCCUCCAUGACCACCAUGCAUGGGCCUUCGGCCUCUUCGCCUACGCUGGCAUUACCGACCUGCUCGACGGCUGGAUUGCCCGAAGGUGGAACCAGAAGACGGUUGUCGGCACCGUCAUCGACCCGAUGGCCGACAAGACGUUGGUGACCGUCCUCGUCGUUGCGUUGGCGACCAAGGGUGCUCUGCCAGUGUGGCUCGCAGCCAUCAUUCUUGGCCGUGAUGUCGGCCUGGGGAUUGCCGCCAUCUACUACCGGUGGAUCUCCCUUCCCCCGCCAAAGACCUUCGCCAGGUACUGGGACUUCUCUCUUCCGUCUGCCGAGGUCCGUCCCACCACCAUCAGCAAGUACAACACGGCGUUGCAACUUGCCCUGUUGGGUCUGACCACCGUUGCCCCCGUGGUCUCGGUGGAUCUGACCACGGCCCUGACCGCCAUGCAGUAUGUCGUCGCAACGACAACUGUUUGGAGUGGCGCUAGCUAUGUGUAUAGUAAAGAUGCGGUCAGGAUCUUGUCGAACCCGAACAAGGACGCCAAGGAGCCGGAGCAGAAAUGACGGGGUAAUGGAAUUCUGAAAGCUAUUCCGUGCUGUUAACCCGUUACCAAAUGUUCCCCUGUCUAACUGUAUGGGUAUAUUUGGCAGGCCUACAUACAUAAGGGGGGAUGAUGACCCUCCCACUGUUGUUUUAUAUAAUGGUUGGUGUUGUAUAUGUAAAAAAGAAUAAACCCAAUUUCCACCGAAGCUGGAACCCCAUCCUGGCC